AUGGCUCGAGUUCACUGCGCUAAUGCGCAAUCCACCGUCAAUUCCUUUAUGCAACUUGCACGACGAAGCUAUACGAUCGCCUCUGCUCAAUCCUCAACACCCCUUGAGUUUCUUGUCCCGCGAUGCACUCCGUCAACCGGCUUGCGAACCUCUAGACUCACGAUCAAUCGCUCCAGAACAUAUGCCCACUCGAGACGAUCAUGGAGUUAUAAAUUACAAGAAGCAGCGACGCGCCAGUUCUCGGCAUCGGCUAUACGACAAAAGACACGGGCUAUACUGAAUCCCCAACAAGACGAAGAUGGCAAUGAAAUGAUGCUCGAAAUUACUGACCGGGCUGCCAAGCGCCUCAACAAGAUCAUGGAGAAGGAUGGUAACCCGAACCUUGCUUUGAGAAUUCAAGUGGAAAGUGGUGGCUGUCAUGGCUUCCAAUACCUCAUGAGUCUCGUCACCUUGCCAGCUAAAGACGCCGCCGAAUGGUCCUCAAUCGUGAACGAAGACGAUACGAUUUUCCAAUACAUUUCCGAAGACGCUGAUCCGGCUACUGCUUCGGAAGACGGUCCGAAGAUUAUACUCGAUGAACCAUCCCUUGACCUCCUCAAGGGCAGCAAAGUUGACUUCACAAUGGAGUUGAUCGGUUCGCAAUUCAAGAUUACAGACAACCCGCUUGCUACCAGCAGCUGUGGGUGUGGCACAAGCUUCGAUAUCAAGAUGUAG